UUCUGGCCAGUGCCUCUGCUUCCGGCUCGAGUUGCUCUCUACAAGCCCGCGUCAACAUGUCCGAGACUGCGCCUGCCGCCCCGGCUACUCCGGCCCCCGCCGAGAAGACGCCUGUGAAGAAGAAGGCCCGCAAGUCUGCAGGUUCUGCGAAGCGCAAGGCGUCCGGGCCCCCAGUGUCCGAGCUCAUCACCAAGGCAGUUGCUGCUUCCAAGGAGCGCAGCGGAGUGUCUUUGGCCGCGCUCAAGAAGGCACUGGCAGCUGCGGGCUAUGAUGUGGAGAAGAACAACAGCCGCAUCAAGCUGGGUCUCAAGAGCCUGGUGAGCAAGGGCACCCUGGUGCAGACCAAGGGCACCGGCGCUUCGGGCUCUUUCAAACUCAACAAAAAGGCGGCCUCCGGGGAAACCAAGCCUAGAGCGAAAAAGGCAGGUACGGCUAAGGCCAAGAAGACUGCCGGCGCUGCAAAGAAGCCCAAGAAGGCUACGGGGGCUGCCACCCCUAAGAAGAGCGCCAAGAAGACCCCAAAGAAGGCAAAGAAGCCAGCGGCAGCUGCAGGAGCUAAAAAGGCGAAAAGCCCGAAGAAGGCGAAAGCAGCUAAGCCGAAGAAGGCGCCCAAGAGCCCAGCCAAGGCGAAGGCUGUGAAGCCUAAGGCGGCCAAACCAAAGGCCGCUAAGCCCAAGGCAGCCAAGCCAAAGAAGGCGGCAGCCAAGAAGAAAUAAAGUUCCUUUGGCCAACUGCUUUGCACAACACAACCCAAAGGCUCUUUUCAGAGCCACCCACCGAUCUCAGCAAAAAGAGCUGUUGCACACUCAGUGGGUGUUGCUAGGGGUGGGGGGCGGGAUUAUCUGGGAGGCGCCGGCUUAGGGAUAUUACCCGGAAACGUUCAUUGAUGUUCAGUGUUCAGUAAACCCAGGAGUGCUCUAGGUAGCCAGUUCUGAAGGCUCGUACUUGUUAGCAGUUCGCACAUGCAAACUUUGAGCUCAAAGUAUGCAUAACGUAACCAAAUAAAUACUAUUAUGA